AAGUGCAAACGGAUCAACACGCAGUACGCGUUUUGUCGUGUGUUACGUAGAGCGACUGUUGUUGUGAAAAAGAAAUGACGUUUAGUUUAGUUUAGUAUAAAAAUAUUGCAAAAGUUAUAUAAAAAGUGCGAGUGAAACGGAUUCAACAAAUGGCGGACGACAGUAGCGAAACGUCGGACGAGAGUUUGGACGCGACCAGUGAGAGAUUCGACCCGCUGAAAGCUCUGUACUCGACCAAGGUGCUGAGGCUGUUACCUUCGGCGCCUACGUACGACAACGUUUCGAAAUUCGAAUCCGUUUUGAAGGGCGUCAGCGGGUCGACGAAAAGUUGCGGCAAAUCGGUGGAACCCGUGGCGGGAUCGUCAAGACGAAGAGAAGUUUUACCGUACAAAGAACCAACGUCCGGUAGAGGAUACGAACAAUCGAGGAAUGUGAUCUCGAGGAUGCAGAAGAUCGUCGGUCCGUUAGGAAUGCUCUACGGAUGCAUGGAAAACAAAAUCCGAGUCAGAGUCUACACCAGGAACGAGCGAGGUAUAAGAGGACACGUGGAGGCAUACGUGGCCGCUUUCGACAAACACUGGAACCUCGCGCUCGAGGAUUGCUUCGAAGUCUGGUCUCGCAAAAUCAAGAGGAAAGCGCCGGCUCUUGGUUAUACUGAUGCAAUCGAAGUAACGACAACAAAACAAAACGUCCCUAGGAUAAUGGUGAGGAAGAUCGAGAGAAAGACUGAGACCUUGGAGAGACACGUGCCGCAAAUGCUACUGAGGGGAGAACAGAUCGCUAUAAUCGUCAAAAUCAAUUGACGCUCUGUCUUGAUUAUUCUCAAGAACGGUUUUUUAUGCGGUUACGUUUAAAUUCCGCAGAUUCAAAGCGAUGUUUUUUUUUCCCCACCUCUCGCUAUUAUUAAACAAUAUUUUUUAAGUGUAUCAAUAUAUACAGGAAUUUAUCAUUGUUACAUACGUUUUUUUUUCUCUUCUC